AUUACCAUUCCACCACAACAUUUCACAAAAACCAACAGCUAGUGAUUUCCCUAUCGGGCCGGGGUUCAGUACAACUGCCGCUGCCAUUGCUCGCCCGCGAAGGAAGAUGAACUCAUGGGACGAAUGGGUUGAGUUGGCACUGCAGAAACUGGAGUCGCGUAAACUCCGCCGUUCUCUUAGACCCAUUCAUCUAUCCAAGGAUUCAAACAUGUUAAGCCCUUCUAAUGCCGACGACUUCGGAAUUUUCGAUGAAUUACGCCAAUGGGAUAGAGGCACAGUGGAAGUUCAGAUUUCAGAAACUACGUACCAUAAAUGGUUGCAAGACAUUCCCAGUUCUGGAGAUGAGCUUGGUUGCAACGGUGUGGCGGAUACUGAAGUAGGGGCAAGUGCUGGAACAUUCAAGAAGUUAAUUUUAUUCUCCGGAAAUGAUUAUCUGGGCUUGAGUUCGCAUCCUACAAUUAUCAAGGCUGCAACACAGGCAGUUCAAAGGCAUGGAAUGGGUCCAAGAGGUUCUGCACUAAUAUGUGGUUAUACAAAUUAUCAUCGACAGCUAGAGUCAUCCUUGGCGGAGUUGAAAAGCAAGGAGGUAUUCACUUAUUUCUUUGAUAAUUGUCUUAAGUUUCGAGUAAUGAACUUGCUUAAAUGGAAACCAAAUAUAAAUACACUGUGAAUAAUUGUGGGCAUUGGAAGUGUGAAAUGAGUUGGCAUCUCACGUUACUCUCCUAAUUAUCUUUUCCUUAUGGUACUAGAACUUAGGGCCUAUAAUGCUGCAUCGGGGUAUAUAGAAACCCAUAUGUUUGUUUAUAUGAAGCAUUCAUGUUAGAGUAAUGUGGAGUUGGUAUAACAGUAUGACACACGUUCCCCUUAGCUUAUCAAUUAAUCAAAUGUUUUUGUUAUCUUCAUAUUGAUGUUGAAAUCAACCAGAUUGAUGGAGGAUGUC